AUGGCACAAAAGAAUCUUAGAGGUCUUUUCACCUUGGGCUCGUUACCGGCUCUAGCAGUGUCGGCGACAGAGGUAGUUGCUGAAACCCAAAUUGGCUCGUCGGGAAAAGAGAAAGAGAAAGCAAAGGGUAUGGCGACUGUGGCGACGAAAAGCAACCAAAAUGCAACGGAGAUGACGGCGGUGGCAUUGAAAAUUGUGGCAAAAGCCAUAGAAGCAAAUGUGAUCAGUAGAGGAAUGUUCUGCUGCUGCGGUGGCUCUAGUUGCAGGUAA